AUGACAAGUGCUACAUCUCCUAUCCUGCUUAAAUGGGAUCCUAAGAGUCUGGAGAUUCGUACCCUUACUGUGGAGAGGCUGCUGGAACCCCUGGUCACCCAGGUAACCACCCUGGUCAACACCAGUAAUAAAGGACCCUCCGGUAAGAAGAAGGGACGCUCUAAGAAGGCCCAUGUGUUGGCUGUGUCUGUGGAACAGGCCACGCAGAACUUUCUGGAAAAGGGUGAGCAGAUCGCCAAGGAUAGCCAGGACCUGAAGGAGGAGCUCGUCGCUGCUGUGGAGGACGUUCGCAAGCAAGGUGAGACGAUGCGUGUGGCCUCCUCUGAAUUUGCGGACGACCCUUGCUCCUCUGUAAAACGAGGUACCAUGGUUAGAGCCGCCCGCGCCCUCCUGUCCGCCGUCACGCGUCUGCUCAUCCUCGCCGACAUGGCCGACGUCAUGAGGCUACUGGCUCACCUCAAAAUCGUGGAAGAGGCCCUGGAAGCCGUUAAGAAUGCCACUAACGAGCAGGAUCUUGCUAAUCGUUUUAAGGAGUUUGGGAAAGAGAUGGUCAAGCUUAAUUAUGUGGCAGCUCGUCGACAGCAGGAGCUGAAGGACCCUCACUGCAGGGACGAGAUGGCUGCCGCCCGCGGCGCGUUGAAGAAAAACGCCACCAUGUUAUACACAGCCUCUCAGGCUUUCCUGCGCCACCCCGACGUGGCCGCCACCCGUGCCAACCGAGACUACGUCUUCAAACAGGUCCAGGAGGCCAUCGGUGGCAUCUCCAGCGCCGCCCAGGCCACCUCGCCCACCGACGAGAAGCACGGGCACGCUGGCAUCGGCGAGCUGGCCGCCGCCCUCAACGAGUUUGACAACAAAAUCAUUCUGGACCCGCUGACAUUCAGCGAGGCUCGAUUCCGUCCGUCUCUGGAAGAGCGUCUGGAGAGCAUCAUCAGCGGCGCGGCCCUGAUGGCCGACUCCUCCUGCACGCGGGACGACCGGCGGGAACGCAUCGUCGCCGAGUGCAACGCCGUCCGCCAAGCCCUGCAAGACCUGCUGAGCGAGUACAUGAAUAACACGGGCAGAAAAGAGAGGGGAGAUCCGCUGAACUCCGCUAUCGACAAGAUGACCAAGAAGACUCGUGACCUCCGCAGACAGCUGAGGAAGGCCGUGAUGGACCACAUCUCCGACUCCUUCCUGGAGACCAACGUUCCCCUGCUGGUGCUUAUCGAGGCGGCCAAGAGCGGGAACGAGAAAGAAGUGAAAGAGUACGCCCAGGUUUUCCGCGAGCACGCCAACAAGCUGGUCGAGGUGGCAAACUUGGCCUGCUCCAUCUCCAACAACGAGGAGGGUGUGAAGCUAGUUCGGAUGGCUGCCACCCAGAUCGACAGUCUGUGCCCACAGGUGAUCAAUGCAGCCCUGACCUUGGCUGCCAGACCUCAGAGUAAGGUAGCCCAGGACAACAUGGAUGUGUUUAAGGACCAGUGGGAGAAACAGGUGCGUAUCCUCACAGAGGCCGUGGAUGACAUCACCUCCGUCGACGACUUCCUGUCCGUCUCAGAGAACCAUAUUCUGGAGGACGUGAAUAAGUGCGUGAUAGCGCUGCAGGAGGGAGACGUCGACACCCUGGACAGGACGGCCGGGGCCAUCCGGGGUCGGGCCGCCCGCGUGGUUCACAUCAUCAACGCCGAGAUGGAGAACUAUGAGCCUGGUGUGUACACCGAACGAGUGCUGGAGUCUAUUAAGCUUCUCUCUGAAACCGUAAUGCCUCGGUUCGCGGAACAGGUGGAGGUCGCCAUCGAAGCUUUAAGCACCAACCCGCCGCAACCUUUCGAGGAGAACGAGUUCAUCGACGCGUCCCGCCUGGUCUACGAUGGCGUACGUGACAUCAGAAAAGCCGUACUUAUGAUCAGGACCCCGGAGGAGCUGGAGGACGACUCCGAUUUCGAGCAGGAGGACUAUGACGCCCGCAGUCGCACCAGCGUCCAAACCGAAGACGAUCAGCUGAUCGCCGGUCAGAGCGCCAGAGCUAUCAUGGCUCAGUUGCCCCAGGAGGAGAAAGCAAAGAUUGCAGAGCAGGUGGAGAGUUUCAGACAGGAGAAAUGUAAGCUGGAUGCCGAGGUGGCCAAGUGGGACGACAAUGGGAAUGACAUUAUCGUGCUGGCCAAGCAGAUGUGUAUGAUCAUGAUGGAAAUGACUGACUUCACCAGAGGCAAAGGCCCACUGAAGAAUUCCUCCGACGUGAUCAACGCUGCUAAGAAGAUUGCAGAGGCCGGUUCCCGAAUGGAUAAACUGGCCCGUGCCGUGGCAGACCAGUGUCCCGACUCGGCCUGUAAGCAAGAUUUGCUGGCCUACCUGCAGAGAAUUGCCUUGUAUUGCCACCAGCUCAACAUCUGCAGCAAGGUGAAGGCAGAGGUGCAGAAUCUGGGAGGAGAGCUCAUCGUUUCCGGGCUGGACAGCGCCACGUCCCUCAUCCAGGCCGCCAAGAACCUGAUGAACGCAGUGGUCCUGACGGUGAAGGCUUCAUACGUGGCCUCCACCAAAUACCAGAAAGUCUACGGUACGGCCGCGGUCAACUCCCCCGUGGUGUCCUGGCGCAUGAAGGCCCCUGAGAAGAAGCCCCUGGUGAAGAGAGAGAAACCAGAGGAAUGUCAGACGCGCGUUAGAAGGGGUUCACAGAAAAAACACAUCUCUCCAGUCCAAGCGCUCAGCGAGUUCAAGGCCAUGGACUCUUUUUAA